CGCUUAUUCUGGUCCAAAAAAAUGUGCUGAUCCUCUUCGCUCAACUUAUGGUUCAGAGCUAUCUGCGUCACGGGCCAACACAGGCUUUUGGCCUUGUUUGCAGCUCGUCGUCUAACUCUGUUUUUGAUGGAAAAUUGGCGUAUGUGCCCGCUCUCGAAGAUGUUUUGGUAUGGGACUUGAAAAAAGGUCAAAUGCUAGCAAUGUGGCAUGACACUGGCCACCGAGCCGAAGUUACUUGUAUUCUCCGUUCACCGCAAAAAGAUCACUUUGCGGUUGGUUAUGCCGAUGGUUCAAUUCGUCUUUGGAGUGCUUCUACAGGUUCGGUUAUCACAACCUUCAAUGGUCACAAAAAGGCUGUGUCUGCACUAGCUUUUGAUCAAGAGGGAACCCGGCUUGCAUCUGGAUCGCAGGACACUGAUCUCAUUGUCUGGGAUAUUGUUGCUGAAGCUGGACUGUACAGGCUUCGAGGUCACCGAGACCAAAUUACUGCAAUAAAAUUCAUUCCAGCGACAAAUGAUGUCCCUUCCACCUCGACGGCUUUCACGUCUGUAAUGCUCCUGACCACGUCCAAAGACACGUUUAUGAAACUCUGGAAUAUGUCUACUCAGCACUGCAUACAGACUAUAGUUGCACAUCGCUCCGACAUAUGGGCAAUGGAUGUUAACGUCGAAAGAAACAUCAUUUUUACUGGAAGCGGGGAAGGGGAAGUCAAAGCUUGGAGUAUAAACACUGAAUCAAUUUCCAAAGGUUUGACGGAGUUGGAUUCUGGAGAGAUCAACAAAAUUAUACUUCCCAUAGCUACACUUCCUCUGUCUUCACGGCAUCGCGUAUCUCAAAUAUCCUUUCAUCCCACUCAGCCAUUUUUAGCAGUGCAAUCUCAUGACCGAUCAGUCGAACUGUUCCGAAUACGCACUGAAGAAGAGGUUCAAAAAAAGCAGCUCCGCCGGAAAAAGAGGGCCAAAGAAAAAAAGGAUAAGCAACAGUCUAAUUCCGAGAAAGCUGAUAACGAGAAACUCGAAGAUGAUGAGAUCACUCUCGUUUCCCUGUUUACUCCGCAUGUAAUCGUUCGUGCUAGCAAAAAAAUUCGCUCGUUCGACUUCGGUGUUAGUUUGAAAGAUGGCCUACAGGUGAUGACUGCAUUAUCCUCCAAUUGCCUAGAAGUUUAUGCCGUCCCACUUCCUUCAAAAUCUAAAGACCCACUUGAAGCAUCCCGCUUGUAUAGUGUCGAAUUACCAGGCCACCGAAGUGAUAUACGAACGCUUUGCCUAAGCUCUGAUGACCAGCUUCUAUCAUCUGCUUCUAACGAUUCUCUCAAAAUAUGGAACAUGAAAACCACCGCAUGCAUCCGCACUAUGGACUGUAAUCAAGCAAUAUGUAGCACCUUCCUUCCAGGCGACAGACAUAUUGUGGUCGGUACCAAAGCCGGGGAACUUCUGCUGUAUGAUCUUGCAUCAUCAUCAUUAAUAGAAACUGUGAAAGCGCAUACCGCCACGGUCUGGUCAUUGCAUGUGCGUGCGGACGGUAAAGCAUUGGUCACAGGGAGUGCGGACAAGGACGUCAAAUUCUGGGAAUUUGAAAACAAAAUAGCUGCAGAAGACAGUACACAAAGUGGGAACCUGGUGACCUUGGUGCAUUUGCGAACAUUGAAAAUGACGGACGAUGUUCUCUCCGUGAGAUAUAGCCCUGACAACAGAUUCCUGGCGGUCGCACUUCUCGAUUCCACUGUGAAGGUGUUUUACCAAGAUACUCUCAAGUUCUUUCUUUCUCUCUACGGCCACAAACUUCCGGUGCUAGGGAUGGAUAUAUCGUCAGAUUCAAAAUUAAUUGUUACUUGUUCAGCAGACAAGAACGUAAAAAUAUGGGGUUUGGAUUUCGGGGAUUGUCACAAGUCGAUCUUCGCUCAUGAAGAAAGCGUCAUGCAAGUCCUCUUCGAAAAAGACAGUCAUUACUUUUGGACUGUUGGGAAAGAUAAAAUGCUCAAAUACUGGGACGGUGACAAGUUCGAACACAUCCAAAGACUUGAAGGCCAUCAUGGUGAAGUUUGGGCCCUCGCACUGAGUCAUUUUGGUAAAUUUGUAGUAACUGGUUCUCACGAUAAGUCAAUCCGUGUUUGGGAAAAACUCGAUGAUCCGCUAUUUCUUGAAGAAGAAAGAGAAAAGGAGCUGGAGGCAUUAUACGAAAACGGAACUAUUGAAGCCCUCAAUCGUGCCGACCUCGCUAUUGGCAGUGGCGUCGGUGAUGGGUUUCCAGAAUCGUCCAUCAGUGCUGAAGCCACGGGCGUCAGUAAACAGACUGGCGAGACUUUAAUGGCUGGAGAGCGCAUCAUGGAUGCGCUAGACCUCGCGGAUGGUGAACGACGUAUAUUUCGUGAAUACGAAGAAACAAUGUCUCGUACGACUGAAGACGAUGCAGUGAAGCUACAACCUCCACCUAGGAACCCUGUACUAGCGGCGUACGACCUGGAACCUGAGGCUUACGUCCUUAAAGUCGUUGAAAAGGUGCACAGUACGGCGUUACACGACGCGCUUCUGGCGUUGCCCUUUUCUAAGGUCAUCUCAUUGAUGGAAUACCUCAAUAUUUGGGCGCAGAAAAACUGGAACAUCAUUCUCGUCUCUCGUAUCAUAUUUUUCCUCCUGAAAGCACAUCAUCACCAGAUCGUGGCCAACCGUAUUAUGAGGACGUCUUUGAUACCUUUGCGAAAACAUUUGCGGACGGCGCUUCAGCGUCAGAAAGAGGUCAUUGGAUAUAAUUUAGCCGCACUACAAUAUCUGCGUCGCCGUGAUCAAACAGAACGUGUUGCACAUUUCUUCGAGGAAGAGUCGAGCGCAGAGCAAGUACGUCUUCAGAUAUCUGAAGGGAAAAAGAGGAAAAGAGUCAAUUUGGUGUCAUGAUUGGAUUGUAGGCUGUGUAAUACAAAAUGCGUAGUUGUGAGGAUACAAAUAGACAAG